UAAUAUAUACGUAAAUAAUUACUAAAGUAAUUAUUCGUUUACUAAUAAAUUUUUUUUAAAAACAGUACAAAUAGUUGUGACAAUUGUCGAUAUAAAAAUAGUUAAUCCAAUUUAAUUCUAUAUAAACUAAUAAUUAACAAAAUACAUAAUUUAUAUGUAAAGGAGUUAAUACGCAAAUGAUUACGUAAAUAUAGAGCUGUAUCUGAUUGGAAAGAUGAUCCGUAAUGAUACUGUCUGAGGAUUUAAAUUGAAAUCGGAAGACCUUUGAAAGUUUAGCUAAUUUACGAAUUAUGAUUAAUCGUCUGGUUGAAUGAGAGUAGGUAACAGAGAAAUACAGUCGCAAAAAGUGAGAUAUCAAGUGAAUGAGACUGAGUGGGAGGCAGCCUCAGAUUUGUCACAUUGAACAGGUGCGAGUGAACGUAAAGAUACAAGUAAUACUAUUUUUUAGUUCGCGCUCAACCGUCGUUACGAACAGUUUUUUAAAAAAGAUCGGUAAUGCAAUAAUACUGCAUUUACCAAUAAAAUUUUAUUAUUAAUUAUUUUUAUGGAUUUAUUGAAUAUUUUCCAUUUCAUUAAGGGAUAAGUGAGCAACAAAUUGUAUUAUGGCCACAAAAUUAUGGAAAGCGUUGAUCAGACGAAGAAUAGAAGAAGAUAAUGAAGGAAAAGGCGAACUGGCAAGGGUAUUGGGUUUAUUUGACUUAUCAGCUCUGGGUGUUGGAGCAACUUUAGGUUUAGGAGUAUAUGUACUAGCAGGAAGUGUCGCUAGAGAAACUGCUGGACCAGCUGUCUGUAUUUCAUUCCUUAUUGCUGCAUUUGCAUCUGCUCUUGCAGGCAUGUGUUAUGCAGAAUUCGCUUCAAGAGUUCCAAAAGCAGGAUCUGCAUAUGUUUAUAGUUAUGUUACUGUUGGUGAAUUUAUUGCUUUUGUUAUUGGAUGGAAUCUGAUUUUAGAAUAUGUUAUUGGCACUGCUAGUGUGGCUCGAGGUUUGAGCAAUUAUGUUGACUCUUUGAUUGAAAAUAAAAUGCGAGAUUAUUUUCAAUCAGUUAUGCCAAUAAAUGUACCAUUCCUAUCAGAUUAUCCAGAUUUUUUUGCUUUUCUUGUUGUUAUGCUUCUUGUUCUUCUACUUUGCAUUGGAGUCCAAGAAUCGUCUUAUUUGAAUAUGUGUUUUACAGCUGUAAAUUUAGUUACUAUUUUAAUAGUGAUUGUUGCUGGAUCUAUAAAAGCCGAUCCAGCUAAUUGGCGUAUUCCGAAAGAGUCUAUACCACCAGAAGUGAAACACGCAGGUGUAGGUGGAUUUAUGCCAUUUGGAAUAUCAGGAGUAAUGUUUGGAGCAGCUAAAUGUUUUUAUGGCUUUGUGGGAUUUGAUGCAGUAGCAGCUACUGGAGAAGAAGCUAAAAAUCCACAGAAAAACAUUCCACUUGCUAUCGUUAUAUCACUAUCAAUAAUUUUUGCAGCUUAUUUUUCUAUUUCUACUGUGCUCACAAUGAUGUGGCCUUAUUACGAUCAGAAUCCUGAAGCACCAUUCCCUUAUGUUUUCCAACAAAUUGGCUGGCCAGUAAUUAUGUGGAUUGUAAAUGUUGGUGCAGUAUUUGCAUUAUGUACCAGUCUUCUUGGAGCUAUGUUUCCACUUCCAAGAAUUUUGUAUGCUAUGGCAAGUGAUGGAGUGAUAUUUAAAUUUCUUGCAAAAAUUAAUAAUCGAACUCAAACGCCAAUUCUCGGAACUAUAAUCUCUGGACUACUCAUCGGUCUGAUGACAUUAAUGUUUAAUCUGGAACAAUUAAUUGACAUGAUGUCUAUUGGAACUCUUUUAGCUUACACAAUAGUAGCUAUUUCUGUACUCAUUUUAAGGUAUCAAAAAACUAGUCCAAACGUUAAAAUAUUCUCUCAUAUGCCAAUGGAGAAUCAUUCAAGUUAUGUAGAUUAUUUUAAAAGAGUUUUCAAUAUUUGUAACGAGAAGGUUGCUACAAACUUUUCUAGUAGAGUGGCCAGUUGGGGCGUUCUAGUUUUUGCAAUACUAGUAUUUAUCUUUGGAUUAACAAUCAAAUACGUACAAUUCGACAACAAUCCAGGCGAUAUUUUUGCUUAUUUUGUUUUAAUGUUAAUUGGUUUAAUGAUCAUAUCAACAAUGUUUGCAAUUGGACGACAGCCUGUUGAUUCUAUCACACUUGCUUUUAAGGUUCCACUCGUACCUCUUGUGCCUUGUGGAAGUAUAUUCAUAAAUCUUUUUCUAAUGCUUCAACUCGAUAUUUUCACAUGGAUUAGAUUUGUUGUAUGGAUGGUUAUAGGUUUUUGUAUUUAUUUCUUUUAUGGAAUUAGAAAUAGUUCUCAAGGACAAAGAGACAGAUUAUUAAAUAAUAGAACUACUAUUCAUGAUUACACCAAUCCAGUGAGAUUAGUAACAAAGUUUUAA